AUGGCAUCAGAAUCGGGAUCGAAUCCCGCAGCAGAACAGCCUCUUACGGGGCCGGGUGAUGAGGGGCAAAUUGCUAAUAGUCCACAGCCAAUUUCUAUCGAUGACUUUGAGAGCGAUGAACCUGAAUUCGACAGUGAAUGGACUGAUAACACAUCCCUAUCUUCCAGUAUUCUUCAAUAUGAAUACGAAAAUGGCCGACGAUAUCAUAGUAACCGUUUGGGAAACUACAUGAUGCCGAAUGAUGAAGAGGAACAAGAUCGAAUGGAUUUGGCACAUCACUUAUGGCUUAUGCUAUUGAAAGGAGAGCUCUAUAAUGCCCCUGUGAAAGCGCCUCAUAAGAUUCUUGAUCUUGGGACGGGAACAGGUAUAUGGGCUCUCGAUAUAGCCGAGAAGUUCCCACAGGCACAUGUUAUCGGUAAUGAUAUUAGCCCGAUUCAACCGAAUUGGAGCUUACCGAAUGUCGAAUUCAUCGUUGAAAACUUUGAAGAUGAGUGGCUUUAUAAGCCAAACAGCUUUGAUUUUAUCCAUGCGCGACUUCUGGCAGGAUGCGUCGCAGACUGGCCAAAAUUCAUUCAGACCAUUUUUCAGCACGUUAAGCCAGGCGGGUAUUUUGAGAUUCAGGAGAGUGCUGUGUGGGCCUGGAGUGAUGAUGGAUCUCUAAAGACGGAUUCACCGCUACUACAAUAUGUACAGGCUCUCGAUACUGCAGGAAAAUAUAUGGGACGUGAGCUGAACAUCUACGAUAAGCUACGUGACUGGCUUCUUGCGGUUGGCUUUGAGGAUGUGCAGCAAUCUACAUAUUUUCUGCCAUAUUCGCCAUGGCCUCGGGACCCGUACCUCAAGGAACUGGGCAAAUACCAAGCUGUCCAAGUCAAUCAGGCAGUGGAAUCGUAUGGGCUGAGACUGUUGACUCAGGUUUUAGGAUGGGGUGAAGAUCCGUCCCGAGUAUAUCAGGCGCUGGUUAAGAAGCAGCUUAAAGACAAAAGUCUACAUGCUUAUGUUAAAGAGGUCGUUGUAUAUGGGAGGAAGCCAAUACAUGCGGGCAGGAGCUAA